GCCGUCCCGCGCCCGCCCGCCCCGGCGCAGCCAAGAUGGCGGAGGGGCUGGAGCGCGUCCGCGUCUCGGCCGCCGAGCUGCGGGACAUGGUGGCGGCGCAGGCCCGCGCCGCCGGCGGCGGGAGAGAAAACAUGAAGGAGGUGAAGGAGCCAAGACACCGCAAGGACAACAGGCGCCCAGACCAGGAGAUUUACAAGCCUGGCCUCUCCAGAUUGAGGAGCAAACUGGUGCCAUUAAAGCAUGAGGCAUCAGAGAAGGAGAGGAGCAGAGCUGAGGAGGGCAAGGAGGAGAGUGCUGGGGACUCUGUGAGAGCAGGGACUCCAGCCGUGGAGGAUUUCGGCAAAAGCGACGGCCCCAGGCAGAACGGCCCUUCUCAGGAAAGGGAAGAGACAGAGACCAAAGGUGGCCUGCAGAGCCAGGAGAGCUUGUCCAAGCAGCCCACUGUGGAUGAGUGGUGUUCCAAGACCCCCAGGAGAACCAAGAAACCGGACCAGCAGAUCUACCAGCCUGGGAAGCGCCUGCAUUCGGCUGCUAAAGAACCGUCCCUGCGGUCGGCGGCCGAGGAAGCCACCGGUAAGAUGGAGCAGCUGAAACUUGAGAGGGAUGAAGAGACUGAGAAAGGCGCUGGAAAAGACAAUAACAGGAAAAUUAAACCAAGCAAGGAGGAUAGAGAGGGGAGCCAGGCAGGGGAAGGAGUGAAAGCCUCAAGGGGAGAUAAAGGAAGACGAGCAGAGCGAAGCGACAGGACAAGGAGGGGCGAUGAGGGGAUGCAGGGGAAGCUUGGCUCUACCAAGCGAUAUUCCCGCACGGACAAGCGCCGGAGCCGGUACCGCACCUGCAGCACGAGCUCAGCUGGAAGCAGCAACAGCAUAGACGGAGCCCUGCUCGUGGAUGGGGCGGAGAGGCGCCAGGAGCGUGCCAGGGAAAGAAUACGUCCUAGGAAGCAGCUCUCUGUGUCCUCCACUGACUCCUUGGACGAUGACAGGUUCGAUGAGGCAGAAGCAUACGUCUCCAGCAGGAGUUCGGACAGGAAGAAGCAUUCGGAGCAGAGUCGAGGUUCCAGGAGUGAGAGCGAAUGGAGCAGCAAUGGCAGGGAAGCAAAGGGACCCUUUCGAGUCACAUUUGACAGCAGGACCAUGAACAGGGAUGUCAGUCUGACAGAUACAGAUAAAAAAAAGUCCCUGAAGGCAUUUGCUAGUUGCAAAGACUCAGAGACUUUGGAGCCAAGGAGUCAGAGCAGGGAGCCCCAAGGGAGGGGCCGUGGGAUUCUCUUCCUGCCUGCCAACACGGACCUGUCUGCCAGCACCACGGGUGCCCCCGAAGCCAGUCACCCUGGGCCCAGGCUCCUGCUGGGCGGGGCUGGCAGCAAAGGCUCCCGGAGCCGGGGCCGAGGUGGCACCGCUCGCAGGCUGUGGGACCCAAACAACCCGGACCAAAAACCCGCCCUGAAGAGCCAGACUGCCCAGCUCCACUUCCUAGACACGGACGAUGAAGUGAGCCCCACCUCCUGGGGGGAAGCCCGGCAGGCCCAGUCCUCCUACUAUAAAUUCCAAAACUCUGACAACCCCUACUAUUACCCUCGGGCCUCCAGCCAAGGCCCCCAGUAUCCAUAUGCUGGGUAUUCCCUGCAGUAUCCCAUGGGUCCAACCAAUGGCGUGUACCCAGGAGCCUAUUACCCUGGGUACCCCGGCCAGGCGGGGCAGUACCUGUGUGGCCCACUCCCCCCCACUGCUCUGAGCCCCGAGAUGGAGCAGCAGAUGAGGAACAUGCAGCAGCAGGAGCUCAGCAAACUCCUGCGUGAGGCUGGGAACCAGGAGCAGCAGCUCAGCAACCUCCUUUCCAGAGACCGCAUCAGCCCCGAGGGACUGGAGAAGAUGGCCCAGCUGAGGGUGGAGAUGCUGCAGCUCUACGAGCGGUGCAUCCUGAUGGAUAUCGAGUUCUCCGAUACCCAGAACGUGGACCAGUUGCUGUGGAAGAAUGCAUUUUACCAGGUGAUCGAGAAAUUCCGGCAGCUCCUCAAGGACCCUCAGGGGGUAAAUGCCCAAGAAAUUCGGAACAAGCUGCUCCUGCUUCUGGAUGAGGGCUCUUCUUUUUUUGAUGGCCUACUCCAAAAGCUGCAGGUGUCCUACCAGUUCAAGCUAGAGGACUACAUGGAUGGGAUGGCCAUCCGCAGUAAGCCUCUCCGGAAAAUGGUGAAGUACGCCCUGAUCAGUGCCCAGAGGUGCAUGAUUUGCCAGGGGGACAUUUGCCGGUACAGAGAACAAGCGAAUGACACGGCGAACUACGGCAAGGCACGCAGCUGGUACCUGAAGGCUCAGCAAAUUGCUCCCAAAAACGGCCGCCCGUACAACCAGCUGGCGCUUCUGGCCAUCUACACGAGGAGGAAGCUGGAUGCUGUCUACUAUUACAUGCGUAGCCUGGCUGCCAGCAACCCCAUCCUCACAGCCAAGGAGAGCCUCAUGAGUCUGUUUGAGGAGACAAAACGCAAGUCUGAGCAGAUGGAGCAGAGGAAACACCAGGUGCUGGAUGUGAGCCCCAGCCGCCGGGGGAAGGGCAAGAAGUCUACAUUGCGACAAGCUGGAGAUGAUGCCACGCGGCUGGAGAUCUGGAUCCAUCCCUCCCACCCCCGCUCCUCCCAGGGCCACGAGUCUGGCAGGGAUUCCGAGCAGGACAAUGGUCUUGGGAACCUCAGCCCCAGCGACCUGAACAAAAGGUUCAUCCUCAGUUUUCUCCAUGCCCAUGGGAAGCUGUUUACCAGGAUUGGGAUGGAGACUUUCCCUGCGGUGGCCGAGGAGGUCCUGAGGGAGUUCCAGGUCCUGCUGCAGCACAGCCCCCCUCCCAUCGGAAGCACCCGCAUGCUCCAGCUUGUGGCAAUCAACAUGUUUGCAGUGUACAACUCCCAGCCCAAAGAAUGCAUCUCUGAAGACUGUCGCUCCGUCAUCCAGGAACAGGCCACGGCCCUGGGGCUCUCCAUGUUUGCACUCCUGGUGAGGAGGUGCACCAACCUGCUAAGGGAAUGUGUGCCAGUUCAGGCACAAGAGAUGGAGCAGGAGGAUGAGGAGGACGACAUCAAGGUCUCUGCCUUGCCCCAAGAUCUGAAGGAGCUGCUUCCCAGCGUGAAAGUCUGGUCGGACUGGAUGCUUGGCCACCCGGACACCUGGAAUCCUCCUCCGACCUCUCUCGAGCUCCCCAAACAGGUCUCAGUAGAUGUGUGGGCGACGCUGGCUGACUUCUGUAACAUACUGACCACAGUGAAUCAGUCGGAGGUGCCCUUGUACAAGGACCCAGAUGACGACCUUGCCCUGCUUAGCCUGGAAGAGGAUCGGCUGCUCUCGGGCUUCGUUCCCCUGCUGGUCGCCCCCCAGGAGCCCUGCUACGUGGAGAGGACCUCGGACAAGGUUAUUGCAGCCGACUGCAAGAGGGUCACAGUUCUGAAGUAUUUCCUGGAAGCCCUUUGUGGACAAGAAGAGCCUUUGCUGGCAUUCAAGGGUGGAAAAUAUGUGUCAGUGGCACCCGUCCCAGACGCCAUGGGAAAGGAAAUGGGAAGCCAAGAGGGAAAACAACUGGAAGAUCAGAAGGAGGAUGAUGUGAGGAUUGAGGCAUUUGAAGACGAUUCGGAGACUGAAGGCAGUGGAGGAGAGAUGGACAUCAAGGAGCUCAGAGCCAAAAAGCAAGCCCUGGCCAGGAAAGUUGCUGAGCAGCAGCGCCGUCAAGACAAGAUUCAGGCCGUGCUGAAAGACCAGAGUCAAAUGAGGCAGAUGGAGCUGGAGAUCAGACCUGUUUUUUUGGUCCCAGACACCAAUGGUUUCAUCGACCACCUCAGCAGCUUGAUCACACUGCUGGACUGCAGGAAGUUCAUCCUGGUGGUGCCCCUGAUCGUGAUAAACGAGCUGGAUGGCCUGGCCAAGGGCCCAGAGAUGGAGCACCGGGCUGCGGGCUAUGCCCGCCAAGUGCAGGAGAGAGCCAGGAAGUCCAUCGAGUUCCUGGAGGAGCGAUUUGAGAGCAGGGACAACUGCCUGAGGGCUCUGACCAGCCGAGGCAACGAGCUGGAGUCCAUCUCCUUCCGCAGUGAAGACACCACUGGCCAGCAGGGAAACAAUGAUGACCUGAUUCUGUCCUGCUGCCUCCACUAUUGCAAUGACAAGGCCAAGGAUUUCAUGCCCUCCAACAAAGACGAUCCCAUCCGUUUGCUCAGGGAAGUGGUUUUGCUGACGGACGACCGGAACCUGCGAGUCAAAGCGCUGACCCGCAACGUGCCGGUGCGGGACAUCCCCACCUUUCUCAAGUGGGCCCAGGAGGGCUGAGGGGGCCGAGCGGGGCCGACGGCCCCUGAGCGAGUCACGCAGCCUGUUACGGUGGGAGCCCGGCUUCAGCAGCGGCCUCGCCGCGCCGCCACCGCCGCCAGCCCACCACGAACAAUAAACGCCACGUCUUCAACCCA